AUGAGACCGCGCGCAACCUUUUUCCGAUGGUCGCUCUCUUAUUUUCCUCCUUUCCCCUCUUUCUCUCCCACAUCCACCGCUUCCCACCGCUCGCUCCACUUGACGACCAUCCCUUCCUACACCGAAUUCACUGCGCACCUUCUCGCCCUCUUCUCCAACCUCUCCAAAACUCCAAACAACCCCAAAAUCCUAUCUUUUGUCGAUUCCAUCCUAACCCAAUCCCAUUUCCUCGACUCCACAGCAUCUCUCCUCGUCCUUCGUGGCCUCUCCCGGUCUAAUAAGCUCGCAAGAGCCAAAACCCUGAUGUCGUCCCUCAAGCAAAGAGAUCAAAUUCCCACCUUUUUCCUCUACAGCAUCGUCCUCCAAUGCCUGCUGCCUCGAAACCCCAUCCGUGAUGUGGAGUGCGCGUGGAGUGAGGUAUCUGGACACUCCAACUGUGCCGUUACGGAGAGAUUCGUGUUCUAUGUUAGCUCGCGGUCUGAUGAUGCGUUGGAUUUAGAGCCCGUUUGCCGGCGGCUUUUGUCGAAUCAGUGGGCGCUAAGCCGCAAUGCCUGCACCGCGCUGAUUGCCGCGCUGUGUUUGAAGAAGAAUCCUAAUCCUGGUUUGGCCCGAGAGGUAUUGAGGGGGAUGGUAGAGAGGUCCUUGGAAGUUGAUGAAUUGAGUUACUACACUGUGUUUAGGAGCUUCUGUAGAAUUGGGGAUUUGUGUUCGGCUGAUUCGGUGCUGAGAGAUAUGCUUUGUAUGCGGGCUUGUGGAUUGGAUUUGUUAGUCUAUGAGGAUUUUGUUCGCUGCUUGUGUAAAGUUGGAAAAUUUAGAGAGGCACGUAAGCUGUUUGAUAAAGUGUCAAAGAGUGAUAGAAAACAUAGUUCCAGUCUUGGUACUAAUGUCAAAUCUGGCAGAAGGAUCAUAUUUCAGCUAAGGUUUUCAGGUGUGAUAUCUGAGACAAUGGCAUUUGAAGCUUAUUUUCGAUCCUUGUGCAGAUAUGGGAGGCUGGAGGAGGCAGAGAAUUUGCUGCAAGAAGCCAUGAGGAAAUACUUAGUGCCAGGAGUUUGUGUGAUGAAGUCCUUUGUAAAUGCUCUUUUCAGUGCUGGUCGGCAUGAAGAGGCUAUCAGAUUCUUCAGAGUUGAGAGGAAGAGAGGGGAUGCUUCUGCUGGGGAUCUCGCUGCCACAGUUAUUGCAAAUCUCUGCAAUAUUGACAGAGUUGAUGAUGGCUAUGAGCUUGCUUGUGAAGUUGUGAAUGAGGGAUAUGUUCUAACUGCAUGGGUUUGGAACUUGAUAAUGAAGUCAUAUUGGGAAGGUGGGAGAAUUGAUAAUGCAAUGGCUAUCUUUGAAGGCAUAAAGUUGGGUACUUUAUGUCCAUUCUUGAGGCCUGAUAGGUCUACUUAUGCAAUUAUGAUUCAUGUUCUUGUACGAAUGGGAAUGGUGGAGAAGGCAACCGGCAUUUUUGAAGAGAUGAGGAGAGAGAAGUUUGCAGCAAGUGUUGAUCUUUAUGGUGUCCUUGUUAGAAAUUUGCAUUUUUGCGGGAGGUCAAAAGAAGCACAGGAAUAUUUGAAUUAUAUGAUCGAGAAUGGUGUCUUUGUUUCUUAUGCUCAGUGGGAAGUUCUAUUUGAGUCUUUGUCAUCAAUUAAUGGCAAUGGUGUCUUCCCUAGAAUAUGCCAGGAAGAUGAUGAGUCCAACUAA